UCCGCCCUGCCAGACCCGCCCCGACUGGGGCUCGCCGUCGCCAGCAGUCACAGCACUGCGACCUCGGGCCCUUCGCCGGCUAUGGCUGCGUCCUGGGGCUGAGCCCACAGGUUGUGUGACCAAGAUUCCCAAAGACAGAGCGACUGAUACAGAAAGAGAAGAAGGAGGGGCGGGCUCCUGGCAAGGCGUUUGCUCCUGAACCGAGUCCUGCAAAGAUGGAGAAGGAGGAAGAGACAACCCGGGAGCUGCUGCUGCCUAACUGGCAGGGCAGUGGCUCCCAUGGGCUGACCAUUGCCCAGAGGGAUGAUGGAGUCUUUGUACAGGAGGUGAUGCAGAACUCCCCUGCGGCCCGCACUGGGGUGGUCAAGGAGGGGGACCAGAUUGUGGGUGCCACCAUCUACUUUGACAACCUACAGUCUGGUGAGGUGACCCAGUUGCUGAAUACCAUGGGGCAUCACACUGUUGGGUUGAAGUUGCACCGUAAAGGGGACCGUUCCCCUGAGCCUGGACAGACCUGGACCCAUGAAGUCUUCAGUUCCCGUAGCUCUGAGGUGGUUCUGAGCGGGGAUGAUGAGGACUACCAGCGCAUCUACACCACAAAGAUCAAGCCACGCCUGAGGUCGGAGGAUGGAGUAGAAGGGGACCUUGGGGAGACCCAAAGCCGUACCAUCACAGUGACCAGAAGGGUUACAGCCUACACUGUGGAUGUGACCGGUCGGGAAGGAGUAAAGGACAUUGACAUCAGCAGCCCUGAGUUCAUGAUCAAGAUACCAAGGCAUGAAGUGACUGAAAUCUCCAACACAGACGUGGAAACCCAGCCCGGGAAAACAGUGAUCCGACUGCCCUCCUCUCCAACCACAGGCUCUGCUGUGGAUAUUCAGGCAGGUGCCAUUUCUGCGUCAGGACCAGAGCUUGAAGGUGCUGGCCACUCAAAAUUCCAGGUCACUGUGCCUGGGGCAAAGGUGGGAAGCCUAGAUGUCAAUGUCAAAGCAAAAGGCUUGGACUUGGGUGGCAAAGGAGGGAUCCAAGCUCCAGGAGUGGACGUUUCGUCUUCUCUUGGGGCUGGCUCUGUAGAGGUUCAGGGCCCAUCCCUCCAGAGUGGUGAUAUUGGGAAAAUUAAAAUUCCUACCAUGAAGAUGCCAAAAUUUGGUGUCUCAGCAGGCCUGGAGGGUCAGAUACCAGAGGUAGGGCUAAAUGUUUCUGCACCUGAAUUCUCUGUGGGACACAAGGGUGACAAGCCAAGCUUGGCUAUUGGGGAAAACACCCAGGCUCCUCAUCUGGAAGUAAGUACCUCCUCUGUCAAUAUCGAGGGGCUUGAGGGGAAGCUGAAGGGUCCCCAAAUCACUGGGCCAUCACUUGAGGGUGACUUAGGCCUGAAAGGUACCAAGCUGCAAGGGAACAUAGGAAUGGAUGCCUGUGCUUCCAAAAUUGAGGGCAGCAUCACUGGUCCCAGUGUAGAAGUUGGAAGCCCUGAUGUUGAAGUUCAUGGGCUAGGGGGCAAACUGAAUGUGCCCAAGAUGAAAGUCCCUAAAUUCUCUGCAUCAGGUUCAAAGGGAGAGGGAGUUGGCCUUGAUGUGGCACUGCCCACAGGUGAAGUGACCCUUCCUGGGAUCUCUGGGGAUGUCAAUCUGCCUGAGAUUGCUACUGGUGGGCUUGAAGGGAAAAUGAAGGGUACUAAAGUCAAGACUCCUGAAAUGAUUAUCCAGAAACCUAAAAUCUCCAUGCAGGAUGUGGAUCUGAGCCUUGGGUCCUGUAAACUAAAAGGAAAUAUGAAGGUAUCUACUCCCGAGGUGAAAGGUGAUGUUAAAGGCCCUCAGGUGGCAGUUAAAGGCUCCAGAGUGGACAUAGAGACACCAGACUUAGAGGGUACCUUGACAGGUCCCAAGCUCAGCAGCCCUUCUGGAAAAAUAGGGACCUGUAGGAUUUCCAUGGCAGAUGUAGACUUAAAUGUAGCUACACCUAAAGGGAAAGGGGGUGUAGAUGUCAUUCUCCCCAAAGUAGAAGGGAAAGCUAAAGGUCCUGAAGUUGAUGUCAAAGGUCCCAAAAUGGACAUCCGUGCCCCAGAUGUGGAAGUUCAUGGUCCAGAAUGGAACUUGAAGAUGCCCAAGUUCAGCAUCCCAGGAGUCAGAGGAGAAGGCCCAGAUGUAAAUGUUACUCUGCCCAAAGGAGAUAUCAGUAUUUCAGGGCCUAAGGUCAAUGUAGAAGCUCCAAAUGUCAACAUGGAGGGUCUGGGUGGCAAACUUAAAGGCCCUGACAUUAAUCUUCCUGAAGUAAGUGUCAAGACUCCAAAGAUUUCUAUGCCUGAUGUGGAUCUGCAUGUCAAAGGGCCAAAGGUGAAGGGAGAGUAUGAUGUAACAACACCAAAGCUUGAGGGAGAACUGAAAGGCCCCAAAGUGGACAUUGACACCCCACAAGUGGAUGUUCAUGGCCCAGACCUGAAGAUUCCCAAGAUGAAAAUGCCCAAAUUCAGUGUGCCAGGGUUCAAAGCAGAAUGCCCAGAAGUGGAUGUGAACCUGCCCAAGGCUGACAUCGGCAUUUCUGGGCCUAAGGUGGAGGUCAGUGCUCCAGAUAUAAGCACUGAAGGACCAGAAGGGAAGUUGAAAGGGCAUAAGUUUAAAAUGCCUGAAAUGAAUAUCAGAGCUCCAAAGAUUUCCAUGCCAGAUGUGGACUUACACUUAAAAGGCCCCAGUGUAAAGGGAGAAUAUGAUGUCACAGUACCAAGGGCAGAAGGUGAGAUUAAAGUUCCUGAUGUUGAACUUAAAAGUGCUAAAGUGGACAUUGAUGUUCCAAAUGUGGAUGUUCAAGGUCCUGAAUGGAAUAUGAAGAUGCCAAAGAUAAAAAUGCCCAAGUUUGGAAUGCCAGGCUUCAAGGCAGAGAGCCCAGAAGUGGAGGUGAAUCUCCGGAAGGCUGACAUUGAUGUCUCAGGACCCACGGUGGAUGUCAAAGUUCCGGAUGUGAACGCUGAAGGACCUGAGGGAAAGCUGAAGGGUCCUAAGCUGAAGAUGCCUGAGAUGAACAUCAAGGCCCCAAAGAUCUCUGUGCCUGAUGUGGAUUUGCAUAUGAAAGGUCCCAAGGUAAAAGGAGAAUAUGAUGUCACAAUGCCAAAGCUGGAAGGAGACUUGAAAGGUCCCAAAGUAGAUGUCAGUGCUCCAGACAUUGAUGUUCAUGGUCCUGAUUGGAACUUGAAAAUGCCAAAGAUUAAAAUGCCCAAAUUCAGCAUGCCUAGUCUCAAAGGAGAAGGCCCAGAGUUGGAUGUGAGGAUGCCCAAGGCUGAUGUGGACAUCUCUGUACCAAAGCUAGAUAUUAGUGCUCCAGAUUUGAACCUUGAGGGACCAGAAGGGAAAUUGAAAGGCCCCAAAUUUAAGAUGCCUGAGAUGCACUUCAAGGCUCCAAAGGUGUCUCUACCAGAUGUGGACAUGGAACUCAAAGGAUCCAAAAUGAAAGGAGAUCUAGACAUAUCUGCGCCAAAAAUAGAGGGAGAGAUGAAAGUUCCAGAUGUGGACAUUAAAGGUCCACAUAUAGAUAUUAAAGCACCAAAAGUGGAUGGACAGGGCCAAGACUGGAGCCUGAAGAUGCCAAAGAUGAAAAUGCCCAAGUUCAGUAUGCCUACUCUCAAAGGUGAGGGCCCAGAUGUGGAUGUGAGCCUGCCUAAGGCUACUAUUGAUGUCUCAGGACCUAAAGUUGAUAUUGAGGCCCCAGAUGUGAACAUCGAGGGACCAGAAGGGAAGCUGAAAGGCCCCAAGUUUAAGAUGCCUGACAUGCACUUCAAAGCCCCAAAGAUUUCAAUGCCAGAUGUGGACUUAAACACGAAAGGCCCCAAAGUCAAAGGGGACAUGGAUAUGACAGUACCUAAGAUAGAAGGUGAAGUAAAAGUGCCAGAUGUGGACAUCAAAGGCCCCAAAAUGGACAUCAAUGCUCCAGAUGUGGAUGUGCAGGGCCCAGACUGGCACCUGAAGAUGCCCAAGAUGAAAACGCCCAAGUUCAGUAUGCCUGGCUUCAAAGCAGAGGGCCCAGAAGUGGAUGUGAACCUGCCUAAGGCUGACAUUGAUGUGUCAGGACCCAAAGUUGAUAUUGAGGCCCCAGAUGUGAGCAUCGAGGGACCAGAAGGGAAGCUGAAGGGCCCAAAGUUUAAGAUGCCUGACAUGCACUUCAAAGCCCCCAAGAUCUCCAUGCCUGAUGUGGACUUGAAUAUUAAGGGGCCCAAAGGAAAAGCAGAUGUGGAUGCAUCAUUGCCUGAGGUAGAGGGUGAAAUAAAAGUGCCAGAUGUGGACAUUAAAGGGCCCAAAGUUGGCAUUGAUGCUCCAGAUGUUGAGGUUCAUGGCCCAGACUGGCAGCUUAAGAUGCCUAAGAUGAAAAUGCCCAAGUUCAGUAUGCCUGGCUUCAAAGGAGAGGGCCCAGAAGUAGAUAUCCCUAAGGCCAACAUUGAUGUUUCAGGACCCAAGGUAGACAUUGAUGUUCCAGAUGUAAAUAUUGAAGGCCCAGAUACAAAACUAAAAGGUCCAAAAUUUAAGAUGCCAGAAAUGAACAUAAAGCCUCAGAAGAUAUCCAUGCCAGAUGUCAGCUUGAAUUUGAAAGGCCCUAAGGUAAAAGCAGAAUAUGAUGCCUCAGUUCCAAAAGUGGGAGGAGAAAUAAAAGCUCCUACUGUUGACAUCAAAGGCCCCAAAGUAGAGGCACCAGAUGUGGAAGUUCAUGGCCCAGAUUGGCACCUGAAGAUGCCUAAGAUAAAAAUGCCCAAGUUCAGCAUGCCUGGCUUCAAAGGAGAAGGUUCAGAAGUGGAUGUGAAUCUGCCCAAGGCUGACAUUGAUGUCUCAGGACCCAAGGUGGACAUUGAUGUCCCAGAUGUGAAUAUUGAAGGUCCAGAAGGGAAACUAAAGGGUCCCAAGUUCAAGAUGCCAAGCAUGAAUAUACAGACACAUAAAAUAUCUAUGCCUGAUGUUGGGCUUAAUUUGAAAGGACCUAAGCUGAAAAGUAGUGCAGAUGUUUCUCUUCCAAAAGUGGAGGGAGAUUUGAAAGGUCCUAAUGUUGAUGUGGAUGUUGGUGAUAUUGAUAUUGAAUGUCCAGAAGGGAAGCUGAAGGGUCCCAAGUUCAAGAUGCCUGACAUGCACUUCAAAGCCCCUAAGAUCUCCAUGCCUGAUGUGGACUUACAUUUGAAAGGUCCCAAAGUCAAGGGGGACAUGGAUGUGGCAGUGCCCAAGAUAGAAGGUGAAAUGAAAGUGCCAGAGGUUGACAUCAAAGGCCCCAAAGUGGACAUCAGUGCUCCAGAUGUGGAUGUCCAUGGUCCAGACUGGCACCUGAAGAUGCCCAAGAUGAAAAUGCCCAAGUUCAGCAUGCCUGGCUUCAAAGGAGAGGGUCCAGAAGUGGAUGUGAACCUGCCUAAGACUGACAUUGAUGUCUCAGGACCAAAGGUGGAUGUUGAAGUUCCUGAUGUGAAUAUUGAAGGGCCAGAAGGGAAGCUGAAGGGCCCAAAGUUUAAGAUGCCUGACAUGCACUUCAAAGCCCCCAAGAUUUCCAUGCCUGAUGUUGAUUUCAACUUAAAGGGUCCUAAAAUCAAAGGAGAUAUUGAUGUUUCAGCCCCAAAGCUUGAAGGAGAACUAAAGAGUCCAGAACUGGAUAUCAAGGGCCCCAAAUUAGAUGCCAACAUGCCGGAAGUAGCUGUGGAAGGCCCAGAAGGUAAAUGGAAAAGCCCGAAGUUCAAGAUGCCAGACAUGCACUUCAAAACUCCCAAAAUCUCCAUGCCAGAUAUUGAUCUUCACUUAAAGAGCCCAAAGCUGAAGGGAGAAGUGGAGGUAGAUGUUCCCAAAUUGGAAGGAGACAUCAAAGGGCCAAAUGUGGACAUGAGUGGGCCAGACAUUGAGAUUGAAGGACCAGAGGGCAAAUUGAAAGGCCCAAAGUUCAAAAUGCCUGAGAUGAACAUCAAAGCCCCCAAGAUCUCCAUGCCUGACAUUGAUUUACAUCUUAAGGGACCCAAAGUGAAGGGUGAUGUAGAUAUUUCUCUGCCGAAGGUAGAAGGUGACCUUAAAGCCCCAGAGGUUGACAUCAAAGGCCCCAAAGUGGACAUUGAUGUUCCAGAUGUGGAUGUCCAUGGUCCAGACUGGCACCUGAAGAUGCCCAAGAUAAAAAUGCCCAAGUUCAGUAUGCCUGGUUUCAAAGGAGAGGGUCCAGAAGUUGAUGUGAACCUUCCCAAGGCUGACCUUGAUGUCUCAGGACCCAAGGUAGACAUUGAUAUUCCAGAUGUGAAUGUAGAAGGUCCAGAUAUGAAAGUGAAAGGCCCUAAGUUCAAGAUGCCUGAGAUUAACAUCAAGGCUCCCAAGAUCUCCAUGCCUGAUGUUGAUCUGGAGUUAAAAGGACCCAAAGUAAAAGCAGCCUUUGAUGGAUCUGUUCCUAAGAUUGAAAGUACCCUCAAAGGACCUGAAAUAGACCUGAAAGGUCCAGGUCUGGAUUUUGAAGGUCCUGAUGCUAAAGUUAGUGGUCCUAACUUGAAGAUGCCAUCGCUGGAGGUAUCUGUUCCUAAAAUAUCUGGGCCUGAUGCUAAUGUGCACCUCAAGACACCGAAAGUUGGAAUUUCUGGGCCUAAGUUAGGAAGUGGUGAAGUAGACCUCAAGGGGCCUAAAGUUGAUUUAGAAACUCCAAGCUUAGAUGUCCACAUGGACAGUCCAGAUAUUAACAUUGAGGGGCCAGAUGUUAAAGUCCCAAAGUUUAAGAAACCCAAAUUUGGAUUUGGUGCAAAAAGCCCCAAAGCUGACAUCAAGACACCCGCAGUUGAUGUGACUGUCCCUGAAGCAGAGCUGAGUGUUGAGACUCCUGAAAUAAUCGUUGGUGGCAAGGGCAAGAAAAGCAAGUUUAAAAUGCCUAAAAUUCACAUGAGUGGUCCUAAAGUUAAGGCCAAAAAACAGGGAUUUGAUUUGAAUAUUCCUGGAGGUGAGAUUGAUGCCAAUCUCAAAGCUCCAGAUAUGGACGUCAGUGUUGCAGGGCCUGAUGCUGCACUUAAAGCUGAAGUAAAAUCUCCCAAAGUCAAGAAAACUAUGUUUGGAAAAAUGUACUUUCCGGAUGUAGAAUUUGACAUUAAAUCACCUAAAUUUAAAGCAGAGGCUCCCCUACCUAGCCCCAAGCUGGAGGGUGAAAUCAAGGUACCAGAUGUGAAUAUUUCUUCACCAGGGAUUAAUGUGGAAGCUCCUGAUAUUCAUGUGAAGGCUCCCAAGUUCAAGGUGCCAGGCAUGGAAGCCUCAGGGCCAAAGAUAGAGGGCAACUUGAAAGGUCCCAAGGUGCAGGCAAACUUGGACACACCUGACAUAAACAUCGAAGGCCCGGAAGGUAAAAUCAAAGCACCCUCUUUUAGUGUUUCUGCCUCUCAAGUCUCCAUACCUGAUGUGAAUGUUAAGUUGAAAGGACCAAAGAUAAAGGGUGAUGUUCCCAGUGUGGGAUUGGAAGGAACCGAUGUAGAUCUACAAGGUCCAGAAGCAAAAAUCAAGUUCCCUAAAUUUUCAUUGCCCAAGAUCAGUGCCCCUGGUGUGAAGAUGGAAGGUGGGAGCACUGAGAUCCAUGCCCAGAUGCCCUCUCUUGAAGGAGGUUUGAACACGUCGGAUGUUAAGCUUGAAGGGCCUGAUAUAUCUCUAAAAGGCCCAGGAGUGGACUUGCCUUCGGUGGACCUCUCUAUGCCAAAAGUAUCUGGGCCUGAAAUUGACCUGAACUUGAAAGGACCAAGUUUGAAGGGAGAUCUGGGUGUCUCCAGUCCCAGCACGAAGCUGCAUGCCCCAGGUCUUGACCUCAGAGGCGUUGGUGGAAAAGUACAGAUAGGAGCAGAUGGUAUGAAAGUGUCAGGGAUUGAUGCCGCAACAGCACUCAAUGUGGUGGCACCAGAUGUGACACUGAAGGGACCAAGUCUACAGGGAGACCUGGCAGUGUCUGGAGACAUCAAAUGCCCUAAAGUGUCUGUGGAUACUCCUGAUGUGAGCUUGGGGGCCUUAGAAAGUAGUGUCAAGUUUCCUCACAUGAAGCUGCCUCAGUUUGGCAUCUCUACUCCGGGAUCUGACUUGGACAUUAACAUCAAGGGGCCACAAGUUUGUGGAGAACUAAAGGGGUCAGGGAUGGAUGUGAACCUGAAAGGGCCUCAGAUCUCAACACCAAACAUGGACUUUAACUUGGAAGGACCAAAAGUGAAGGGAAGUCUCGGGGCUGCUGGUGAACUGAAAGGCCCAGCGUUUGGGGGAGGUCUUCCAGGCAUCAGCAUUCAAGGCCCAGAAGGAAGCCUCCAAAUGCCUGGGAUUAAGGCUUCUGGAUGUGAUGUGAAACUCUCAUCAGGGAAGAUUUCUGGUCUCGAAAUUAAAGGAGAGAUGAAAGGUUCAGGGAUAGGUCUCCAUGGAGCUGUUCCUGACAUCAGUGUCAAGGGGCCUUCCUUUAAUGUGGCAUCUCCUGAGUCAGAUUUUGGUGUCAGCUUGAAGGGCCCCAAAGUCAAAGGAGAUGUAGAUGUUUCAGGGGGUGUCAGUGUCCCAGAUACCAACCUGGGUGAAGGGCAUAUGAGUGUCAAAGGCUCUGGAGUUGAGUGGAAGGGACCCCAAGUCUCCUCUUCUCUAAACUUGGAUACAUCUAAACUUGCUGGGAACCUUCAUUUCUCAGGACCAAAGAUAGAAGGAGAUGUGAAAGGGGGCCAGAUUGGACUCCAGAGUCCCGGGCUGAGUGUAUCUGGGGCUCAAGGUCACUUGGAAAGUGGAUCUGGAAAAGUAACAUUCCCCAAGAUGAAGAUCCCUAAAUUUACCUUCUCUGGCCGUGAGCUCGUUGGUAGAGAAGUAGGGGUGGAUGUCAACUUCCCUAAAGUGGAGGCCAAUGUGCAGGCUGGUGCUGGAGAAGGUGAGUGGGAAGAGCCUGAAGUAAAACUUAAAAAAUCCAAAAUCAAAAUGCCCAAGUUUACCUUUUCUAAACCUAAAGGGAAAGGUGGUGUCACUGGCUCACCAGAAGCAUCCAUUUCCGGGUCCAAAGGGGACCUGAAGAGCUCAAAGGCCAGCUUGGGCUCUCUGGAGGGAGAAGUGGAAGCUGAAGCAUCUUCACCCAAAGGCAAAUUCUCUCUAUUUAAAAGUAAGAAGCCAAGACAUCGCUCCAACUCCUUCAGUGAUGAGAGGGAGUUCUCAUCGCCUUCCACCCCAACUGGGACUUUGGAGUUUGCAGGUGGAGAAGUUAAAGGCAAACAUGGGAAGCUGAAAUUUGGUACCUUUGGUGGCUUGGGGUCAAAGAGCAAAGGUCAUUAUGAGGUUACUGGGAGUGAUGAUGAGGCAGGCAAGUUACAGGGUAGUGGAGUGUCCUUGGCCUCGAAGAAAUCCCGACUGUCUUCCUCCUCUAGCAACGACAGUGGGACUAAAGUUGGCAUCCAGCUUCCUGAGGUAGAACUAUCAGUUUCCACAAAGAAAGAGUAGUGGGCCUUCAUGCAUGUACAUAUAUAUAUGUAUAAAACAUCAGCCUUGGGUGUGUUUGUAUAUAAACUCCAAAGAGAAACACCCCAAUAGCCUCAGCAAUAAUGCAAAGAGCUUGCCUCUGCCAGUGGCAAGUGCUGACAAACCAAGUGCCUGUAGGCUCCUGGGACUCUGCAGCUCCGUAAAGAGUUCUAAGUUCAUCUGGCCCACGUGCAAAGUCAACAGUAUUUGCCUUAAGAUUUCUUUCUUUCUUUUUUUUUUUUGGUUUCUUUUUUUUUUUUUUUUUGCAUUGAAUGCUGAGAGCUCGUGUUUACUAAGCAAGCUUUUGUGUUUAUCUUCCUUAUUUUUACUGAACAUCGUUAGUACCUGGGUAAUGGAAACCCACUCUUUUUUUUCAUUGUACUGACUUUGGGGGCUUUUGUGAGUAAGGGAGGGUGGGAUAAAAGGUGGCAGAGGGGGCAAGGUCUUAAUUGGUCUGAAGGUUGGACCUGUACCAACAGUGAAGCCCUGGCAUGGCCCUGAGGAAGUGGCAGCCAGUGGGUGGUUGUUUCUCAAUCUCUGUAGCAUGACUUUUUAAUCCCCAGAUGUGUUUAGUGCUCAAGGUGAGAGGGGAUUUGAAUCUGUUUGCAAAUUGUCCAACCCACCAGGUCAAUCAAUAUAAGGGGCUUACAUUCUGGGUUUGGUAAGAAAAGUGUUAAUUCAUGACUGCAAUGUUCUGAGAAAAGUUCCGAUUUCUUUUAACAAAUGCCAUCAUGAUUAAGGAAAUGUCUGGCACUUUAAUGGCAAAUUAAUUGAGAAUGUAUGAAAAUCGAUGCUGUACAAGCCAAAUAAAGCUCUUUAUUAACCCUGA